AUGGGAAAAUUAAUCAAGAACCACUGGGCGCGCCUGAUUGUCCUGACGGCCGCUGCCUACCAGAUCGCGGCCGCCAUCGAAGCCUUCUUCUGGCCCAAGAUCUUCUGGGACUUCCUCACCAAGAACCUCGACGGCGCCGUCAAACCCGUACCUGCCCUCCAGAUCAUCAACAUCAUCAUGGGCGUCAUCGGCCUGGCCUGGGAGUGGCCCCUCGGAUUCCUCGCCGGCUCCGGCCUCCACCGCUCCAUCGAGGCCCGCCUUAUCGUCUACCCGCUCAGCUCCCUCGUCGCUCUUUUGAUCUACCAGGGCACCAACGCCGGCCUCUACUACAUCAUCGGCAUGAUGGCGUACUUCUGGGCCUACAGCGAAGGCGAGAUUGUCUGCCCCGAACCCUGGACCCUCCCCAAGCGCGGUGCAACACGUCGCACCAACGUAUAG